AACAGGCGCUGGUGUAAGCUGCUGAGCUGUUUUGGUUGCUCAGGGUCCUUCAGGGUUACACCAGCUCCUCUGCGCUCUCGUGUGAACUCGAACUGACUUUAAGAAGUCAUGAUCUUCAACAUGAUCAGAGGGCCUCGCGCCGCUUUUGGCACUUUAAUAGGGCAGGUGAGGAGAGGUGUGAUGACCACAGGGAGCAGAAGACUGUGCAGCAAGCCUCAAGAGGGGGCAUCCGCACCACAGGCACAGCGGCUAGGGUUUAAAGUACCAGGUUACCGUCCAUCAGAAUGGGAUAGAAAGAUGCUGCUGUGGUCUGGGCGAUUCAAAACCGCAGAACAGAUUCCAGAGUUUGUGUCAUUUGAGACGAUUGAUGCUGCCAGGAAUAGAGUGCGUGUGAAGGCCUGCUAUGUGAUGAUGGCACUGACCAUCAUGGCAUGCGUUGCUAUGUCUGUCUCUGGGAAAAAGGCGGCAGGUCGGCAUGACAAUCUGACCUCCCGAAACAUGGAGAAGAAGGCUCGAUGGAGAGAGGAAGCACAGAGAGAAAAGGAGGAGGCCAUUGCACUUGCAGAGAAAGCCCAGUGAGAUGCAUCCGUCUGAGCUCCAUAGAGGCCCAUGUCUCAGAGUCAGUUAUUUAAUGUCAAAUGCCACAUACAUGGCAAUUCUGGUGGAGGUAAUACAGGUUUUCCUUCACAUAGUAAACAAAAUUUUAGAGUAGUGUAUAAAAUAAAGAUGUGCGAUUUUCCUGGUGUGAUUAAUUUUUUGAUGUUGUAUAUAUACAUUUAAAUAUUACGAAAAAAUAAAAUUGUGUUCCACUGUGUCUUUACUAUUA